GUUCGUCUACUUAUUACGUUAUGAAUGUUUGUAAAAUUCACUCACAGUUCAUAACAGAAGUUGCGCGCUUCGCCGCUUUGGCUUUUAAGUGCCAUUUUGCAUGCAUAUGAUUACAGAAACGUAGCAAAAAUUAUAGUGCGUUAUUAAUUAAAUAUAAGAUCGACUUACUUUGUAACUAUAUAAUUCUGUACUAGGUAUACUUACACAAUGUUACCCGGAGACGUCAAGGAUUGAAUUAAAAUGUUGCGCCAGUUCAAAUGUUGUCUUGAACAAUGUAUUAUGUUGAAAUUUGGACUUUGUGUUGACACAAUUCUGUGGAAAGUACAACCUUCUUAUUUUUACUUAGGCCUUUUAGGUCAAAAAAGUGUUAGUAAUAUUACAGUUUUCAACAGUAUACAAAGGAGCAAGACAUUCAGUCCAAUAAAGUCUCCAUCACUGCAAUUUAAUUUUUGUUUUAAGGAACAGAGUGAAUCUGGAUCAGCAAAUGAAAACCUGCACAAUCUAAGUGGAAGUGAGGAUGAAGAACAAAACGAUAAGAAGAAUAGCAGGACUUCCAAAAAGGGACCUACAUUAGAUUCAUGGGUUAAGAAAUCAGAAAAAGAGUCAAAAGGGAGGAACAAGCGGUCUAGAAAAGAUGAUGGUGAUGUCAAAGAAACCGAAGCAAAAAAAUCGAAAUCUUCAAAUCCUGUAGAGGAAAGUCUUGCUGACACUGAUUUCAACACUUGUGAAAAAACUACAACAGAUGGAAAAACCUGGAACUUUAAAAUAUCAUCUUGGAAUGUAGCUGGAAUCCGAGCAUGGCUAAAGAAAGGUGGCAUACACUACAUUAACAAGGAACAGCCAGAUAUAUUAACAUUGCAGGAGACUAAAUGCUCUGAGAAGAAGUUGCCUCCUGAGGUGAAAGUUCCUGGUUACCACACAUAUUGGCUUGGAAGUGAGAAGGAAGGUUAUGCGGGUGUAGCUCUGUACACAAAAGAAAAACCAGUUGACAUCAAAUACGGAAUUGGUGACAAAAGUUUUGACAAAGAGGGACGACUCAUUACUGCAGAGUAUGAAAAGUUUUACCUUGUUGCAACUUAUGUUGUCAAUGCAGGACAAGGAUUGAAGACACUUGAUAGAAAAAUUGAGUGGAAUAAGCUAUUUGAAGAGUAUUUGAAAAAUUUGGACGCUAAGAAACCUGUCAUUCUUACUGGCGAUAUGAAUGUAGCGCAUAAAGAAAUAGACCUAAAGAACCCCAAGACCAACCAGAAGUCAGCCGGUUUCACUCCUGAAGAGAGGGAAGGCAUGACUAGUUUGUUGAGUCAAGGUUUUGUUGACACAUAUCGACACUUCAACCCAGAUAAAGAAGGGGCUUACACAUUCUGGACCUAUAUGAACAAUGCAAGGGCUAACAAUACUGGCUGGAGACUGGACUAUUUCAUAGUGUCUGAACGGUUUCUGCCAGCUGUGUGUGAUAAUGUCAUCAGGGAGAAAGUCCUUGGUAGUGAUCAUUGUCCUAUCACCCUGUUCCUGCAUCUGUAGGAUCUACAAAGGUCUAAGUCUUUGACAGUUCCUACCUGAACAGUUAAGUACAAGCGAGUUUUUUGCUGCUACAAGAUCUAACGUAAAUGUAAUUAGCUUAAGUUAAGGUUGAAUACAAUGCAAAUAUAAUUUGUAAAUGAUUGAACUAUUUUGAGAAAAAUGUAUUAACCAAUUAAAUCUAUCAGUGACCAAUUACUGAUUGAAACAUAUUGCAAUGUGUGGUCCAGAAUGGGCAUGUACAAUUCCAGUUACAUUUAUAAAAUAUUAAUUUUAGUCCACCAGUUAACAAGUAAGGACAUUAAAACAUAGUACAGCAGUUAUGUGAGUUGCUGUAUUAAUUGCUGUCAUAGUUUUAUUUUAGGGUUUAUUGACAAUAUUCUACCAAUUGUUUGAAAAAAGCUACUGAUUUAAAUUAAAGUCUAUGAUUGGUCCAAGCAUGUUAUUUUGUCCUUUAGGUCUGAUUUUACAGUUGGAUGAAAACAAAUAUGACAACUAUUGUUAUUUGGUGGAAACAUAUAAAAAAUUUAACAUUUUGUUGUGGAAUGAUUUUUGAUUCUUUAUUUGUUUUGUCUUAUAAUAAACGAAGAAAGUAAUAUUCCCUUAUAAAUCAAUUUCUGGUAUCUUAAAUUGUAUUUUUUUCAAAUUAAUCACGGUUUAAUUUUUACCACCAAGAAAUGUUGUUAAACCAUUCUGAUUAAACUCUUUACUAUUUUCUUGUUAUGUUGUUGGAAUUACUAUAUGUUGUUGGAAAUAGUUUUAUGUUAUUCCAUAAUGAAAAGUAAGUGUUUGCAUUAUAAAAACAUUGCUUUUUAAAAGAAUAUUUCACUUCAAAAAUACUGAUGUUAAAAUUAUUUUUGUAGCUGUCGAUUUUUAUUGACUUGGCAUUUUCUUCGGAGACUAAAAUCAAUAGUAUUAUCUUCAAGGAAGAUUAAUGAUGUUUUCUUCGUUUUCAUUAAAUUAGUUGUACUUUUUUACUGUUAGUGGUAUGAUACUAGUUUUGUAUAUUCAUGUGUAGUGAGGAAUAGCAAAGUCAAAAAUAAAUGUUGAUUGUUGUGGA